UUAUCGCGCUGUUGCCAUAGCGACAAGUUUCCUAACAGGCAGCCUUACUUUCCUCAGCUAAUAUUAUAGUUAAGAAGCCGCUGGUGGUUUGUGCACAUAACCUGGGCUUUUCUGUAGCAAUGCAAGCUGGACGUGAAGUGCCGACGACCUCUAAGUGUGUUCCUCUUUCUUUACCUAAAGGAAGCGAAAGGUUGUGCGAACUUUGUCAGGGAAAGGCGCACCUACAGUGUAGGAAGUGCCGGGUCACGUUUUACUGCGGUGCCGAGCACCAGCAGGCCGACUGGCUCGGGAUCCAUGAGAGAAUCUGUGAGCUGCUCGUUCCCAUCCGAACCUCGACGCCGCUCCAUCCAAAGCAUGCUGACUACGUUGAGCUGCAGCUGAAAAAGGUGGAGCUAGCUGAGAUUUGCAGGUCAGUGGCUCAGAGCAAGCUGUCGGAGAGGAAACACUUGGAGGCUCUCCCCGCUGCCCAGUGCUGUCUGCGCUGCUCCGUAGACAUCUAUGGCCCCAGCACCGUGCAGCUGGUGCCGGCCUACCUGCUGCUGGCUGAGGCCAAUAUGGGUUUGGGUAAUCUGGCCCUUGUGGGGGAGCUCCUGUGCCAGGCAGAAUGGGCAGUGUUAAAGAGCCCAGACUGCGGCCACUCAGUCCACCAGCAGCUGCACAGGAGCCUGGGCCGCCUCCACGCAGCCACUGGAAACCUGGAAGAAGCUCUGGUUAACUUUGGAAAUGAUAUAUACUUUUCCAGUAAGGAGCACGGCCUGGACAGCCCUGUCACGUGUGCCGGCUACUUUCUCAUGGCUGAUGUGUUUGCCAAACAGGGGAAGCUGCCCAUUGUUCGUUCCCUGUACUCUCAGAUGGCACAUACUUGGCAUUCCCAUUUGACCCAACUCCUAAAAGCCCAUGGUCAAAAUGUCCACUAUCCUAACCCGCUGUUGAAGGCCAGCCAUGACAAAGGCCAGAGAUUGGAAAUGGACGAGAUGUUGAGAACCAUGUUGGCGUUUCAGCAGAACGACCCGAGGAAUGACCCGACCCAGGUUGCGCUGGUUAGCCACUGCCUGGCCAUGCUGUGGUUCCUGGGAGGAGACUUGGAAAAGGCAGAGUCAGAAUGAGGAUCAGCUGUAACAAAGUGCCCUCAAAGAGGGAUGAUUCCUCGCAUUCUGCCGCACAGCCAGAGGCCUGCUGUCGAGUCAAGACUUCUAUUAAACACAAUACAAAGCACAAAAUAAAUCACUAGGUGUGGACCUAUAAUGAGCAGUUUUUGUCCUCUUAUGCAGUGAUGCAUGCUGGUCAUUUUGGUUUUAGUUCGCCUUCUGCCACGUCAUGCUUCUAUUGUGGGCUGCUGUGCCAGCGCUUUGAGAACAUACAGGGAUUAUGCCAUGUCAGUUGUUAUCUUUGGGGAAUUGUGGUUAAACAAGAGCACGCGUCUAUGCAGUGAGCUGUGGCGGACAUCGCAGGAGACCAUGAGUAACGCGCGUCCUCCCUGUUUACGAAGCCUUAGGAAGCUGAAUUCCGCGUCACUCGCUGCAAACCUCGCUGAAUUCCAGAAUGACACCGGAAUGGUUUUACCUCAGCGCGAAUGUUGGUGUUGUCGACAUUAAUCGCCUCCUUUUCUCCUAAUUAGAAACUAUAAAUGACAGCAGAGCCGCUUUUUGGAAGGGUAAAGUUAAUCUGCUUGGGCUGCGGUUCAGUUUGCAGUGAU